UAGUGGGCAGUGAGAGGCAGCCGGGCUCGACACUAGUGGAAUGUGAGUAUUGGAAAGGGAGGUAGGCAGGCACAGGAACUGGGCGCAAAAAGGUACAGACACACACAGACAGAGCUUAAGUAAAACAAAAAAAAUAUGGAGAAGCGUUACUUCACCAUAGCUGAAGUGCAGGAGCACACGACGGUGGAUUCCUGCUGGAUCAUCCACGAACGGCGGGUCUACGACGUGUCAGCGUUUAUCCAGCGGCACCCGGGCGGCGAGCAGAUGAUCGUGCAGCGGGCAGGCACCGAUGUGAGCCGGGUCAUGGUGGGACCUCCGCACCGGCACAGCUCGAACGCGCACCGCUGGCUGCAGCAGUACUACAUCGGGGAGCUGAGCACAGGCGGCGGCGGACAGGACGAGGAGGAAAUAUUCUCCCAGAAGAAGCAGGCUGUUCGGGAAAGAAACACAGCCAGUCAAGGAUCCAAUUCGGUUAUGGAUGCCAGAUGCAAGUCGGUGGAUCCAGAUAAUGACUUAGUGGACUGGAAUAAACCACUCCUGUGGCAAGUUGGGAACUUGCGUGAGAAGUACGAUGAAUGGGUUCAUCAACCAGUAGAUCGUCCCAUCCGCCUCUUCUACUCCGAUUUUGUUGAAGCCUGCUCCAAAACAGCCUGGUAUAUGGUACCCUUGGUUUGGACUCCUGUUGUUAUUUUCUUCAGUUGGUACUGCUACACUGAACUGGCUCAAGGCAACACUCGACUUUUCACAUCCAUCACAAAAGAAUACUCCAUUCCCGUCCACAAGUACUGCUUCCCCUUUUUGUUCGUGCUCGGAAUGUUCCUGUGGUCCCUAGUUGAGUAUCUGAUCCAUCGAUAUGUUUUCCAUAUGAAACCACCGGCCAGCAAUUACUACCUCAUCACUCUUCACUUUAUGCUCCAUGGGCAGCACCACAAGUCCCCUUUUGAUGGUUCACGUUUGGUCUUCCCGCCUGUUCCAGCAUCACUCGUUGUAGUGUUAUUCUUGGCUGCUUUCCACUUGCUUGCCCCAGGAGCAGUCGGCAUGUCUAUCUUUGUCGGAGGUCUAUGUGGCUAUGUUGUCUAUGAUAUGAUACAUUAUUAUCUACAUUAUGGAUCUCCCAAGAAGGGCAGCUACCUCUACGGACUUAAAGCAUACCAUGUUAAACAUCAUUUUGAACACCAAAGAUUAGGAUUUGGAAUUACGAGCCGGUUUUGGGACUACCCAUUCCAUACAGUAAUUCCAGAAGAAAUAUUUGAGAAGAGUCACUGAUAUCUCCAAUUGGUCUCCAGAUUUACACUAUUAAUGCCUUGUCAAUCAGCCAGCCCUGUCAAGAAUCUCGACCCAGAUACAUUCCUACAUAUGGCCAGGCCCAAUUCUAUCAACGUCAGCUGCAUGUAGGAUUCCUUCAACACUUAGAAGUGGGGAAAAGAGCUUCACUGCUUUCUGAAUUGUCCAAAUAUUGUCCCCUCCAUAUUUUCUAACAAAGUGCCUGAUCAUGGGGAGCUCUAUUGCUUGUUGAUAAAUAUUUAUUAAUUGUUAAAUGUAUAUUUUUUGGACGUUUGUCUAUAAAUCUUGUCAAAGCAGUUAUGCAUUGUAGGAAGUAUUAACACUAAAGUUUGGGCUUUUGAAUUUUAAGCAGUUUCUCGUUAGUAAGUAAGAGCAUUUGUGGGGAAAAAAGGUCAAAAAGCUGCAAGUAACUGAUCAUUCAGGUUUGACUACCUGUGUUCAUUUUCCAUGUUAGCAAAUGUGAGGAACAAUGGGACCUUCAUUUCCAAAGUUUUAACUUUCUCGUCUUUACGUUUGACUCUUUAACUUAUCAGAUCUGAUCUUUCCACUCUCCAAUUAAAGCAUGGGAAAAAAUUUCCCUAAUGUUGGAAAUAGUUCAUGGGCUUUUCUGUUAUGCUAUUCCCUUUCACAUAGUGAGACAAAGAUUGGUUGCUGUUCUGUAAAUCCUUGACAUUCAGUUUGUCGUGUUAUGUUUCUAUACAAACUUCCCACAAAUUUAUUCUUAAUUACUCUUCAAAUUCCUCCUGCACCUACCUACUUUGUAUCUGCCAACUGCUAUGUAUGGAAUCCUCUUCCUUACUCCUAUGUACUGCUAUCAUCGUUUUUGUUUUGAACGAAUUGCUGCUUUAAGUUCACCCUUAUUAAAUAUAAAUAUGGGGUGUAAGGAAAACUCAAUGCCAUUAAAAUGCAUUUCCCUCUUACAAAACUUUGUACAAAAUUGGAGUGAAACUUUUUGAAGAACUAGGAUGUGGUUUUUGACUCUGCUGGUCAAUGGGUUAGGGCUUUGUGCAGCACUAUUAUAAUGUUGGCUGUUUGCCCAACAAGUCUCAGAACCGUACAGACUAAUGUAUGCAGUCGGACAUUAAUAUCCAGCCGAAGAAAAUGUGAAAAAUUUGACAAAGGCUGUCUGGAAAAUGGAGAGUAUGGGGUUCAGAUGCAUUAUCUACUUGAUAGUGCAUCUGUUAUUAUCAUGCACUAAACAAAUUUUAGCUUUUCGUUUUGCAAAUGUUGGGCAGGCCACUCACCCCAAACUCAGAUUUUAUUGAAAAUUAUUGCCCUUAAUGUUAGAAUCUUGUAAUGCUUUGGACACUGACUAUAUUAUGAAUGUAACUCUGGGCUGAUUAGCUCCACGACUUUCUGGGACCGUAUGCUGGCUUAACUAUGCAGUUUAAAGAAAGUUCUUUUUUUUAUUGUUUUACUGCGAAUAUUGUGAACGCUUCAGAGAUUCUAUAUAAGGUGAAAUGUAAUUGUAAAUAAAGGUCUGUAUAUUUUGAAAAUAGUUUUUUUUUGUCCAAAUUCUCUUCCCGAGCAUUGUUUAAAAUCCUUUAAUGUUCUAAUUAUAUUGCAGGUCUUUGACCAAAUUCAGAAGCAGAAAUUAUGUAACUAUUUGUUUCAAACUAAACCUAGCUUGUGAAAAAAUCCUGGUCACAAUUGCUGGAAAAUGCCUGUCGAUCAAAAUGCAGUAGAAGAUUUUCUAUAUAGGCCAAAGCUUUGAAGUAUAUAAGACUUUACUUUUCUACUGUGCCUAUACAUUGAUUUGUUAUGUACACUUUUUGUGCACCAGUGGGUUUUAGUUUAGAAACUAAGUCAUUUUACUGAAAUAUUAAAAACUAACUCGCCUGUUCAAACUCAAACCAGACCUUUAGGCCUGGUAGUUACCUAAUUUCCUUUGCAAAAUAGGUGUCAGCUAUGGUGGAGCAGUGCAUGCUGUUAAUUGCUUGCUGUAACAUUGAGCUAUAGUUUGAUCACCAUCACUGACAAAGCUGGAAUAUGAAAUACUAAUUAAUUGUGGGUUUUCUUGAAUGGAAAAAAAAACUAAACUGAAGGAUUAGCUAUCUAAAACCAAUCCAUCUCUUUCCUCCUUUUUUACAUAAUCUGUCUCUUCUUUUGGCUAGGAUCUUGGGAAUAAAAUUGUUCCUCACAUGUAGGAUAUCAUGUAAAACAGAAUCUGAAGUGUAGACGUGCAGUUGGGCAUUACUGGCGUGUAAUAGACCUGGCGUAAUGUGGAUAUGUGAGCUGCUUUUCUACAAAAUAACUUAUGAACUCGGCAACUGAGGGAUAUAGUAAAACUGUCUCACUUGAAAACUACUGUUUGGGGUUCUGUGAAACUACUUUGAAAUUGCAGAGUGGAUUGUACCCCAUGUAUAGCAUUACUCCAGUAAUUCCAAACGUAGAAACUUGUGUAAUGUUAAUGAAUUUAUAUACGCAGCAUUGUAUCAAAUUGCUUUUUUGAUUGACUACGUGUUAAUAAAAUUUCUAGUUUAUAAAAUUA